AUGUCCACCCUCCUCCCCCUCUUCCUCAUCCUAACCACCACCCUCCUCCCCAGCACCCUCGCCCAAGGCGCCAACGCUAACGAAGCCCCCGCCGUCGCAGGCACAACAACAUCCUACACCCUCUACAACCACCCUGACACCCUCACCGUAACCUGGGGCAACAAACCCAUAGACCCCUACGCCCUCUACGGAAAAACAGCCUACGACUUCCAACUCGCCAUCCCCCAUCUCGCCGCACACGAAACCUACAACGCCUCCGAGCAAGGCUGGACUGACUACUGCUCCGCCGCUCUCCCUCCGACCACUGGGUGUGUGCAACUACACAUCGUGCCUGCCGAUGAAAAUGGGGGGCUGAAGGGGAAAAUUGAUCCGGGGUUGUUGACUGAUUUACGAGAGCCCGUUUAUUUGGACGUUGGAGGCGACGUUUGA